AUGGGGAAGUUAAGGGAAACCUUGACGUCUAUUAUGGGAAUAUUGGCAAGGGUGGAAACGAAAAGAGUGGAAGUACAUCCCUCUAUUCCGGUUGUUCAUAACAAGGAAGGAGACAUCAAAAUGUUCCUGACUUGUAAACCGCCAACCUUCUCUGGGGAGAGAGAUCCAGUGAAGGUUAUGUGCUGGAUUAAAGAAAUCGAAUCUGUGUUUAAUAUCAUUCAAUGUCCAGAAGCAGAUAAAGUUCGAUUCACUGUAUUAGUAUUGAAGUCCAAUGCUCUGUUUUGGUGGGAAGUGGAGUCUUUAGCUAGGACAGAUGUUUUACAAACACUAUCUUGGGAGGAAUUUGUGAACCGAUUCAAAGAUCAGUUUUGUCCCAAGACAGCGAUAAGACAAAUGGAGGAAGAUUUCCUGAAAUUAGAACAAGGUAACGGAACGGUUCGAGAGUAUAUUGAGAAGUUUAUUGAAUAUUCUCGGUUUGCUGAACUACAUUCGUUAGAAUCUAGGAAAGUGGAGAGGUAUAUUUGGGGGUUAUAA